CUCUUGAUAUCUGUUUCUAGCUAAUUGUUUCUUCCUGCGAUGGCUGAAAUCAUGAUGUGUGAACCGUUUGAACUCUACAAUCUCCUCAACCAGUGCAGCUGUGGUGUGUCGAGGAUGUCAGAGCUCAACUACCUCUGUUUGAUUGAUGCUUGUGAAACAGAAGAUUACAGUAUGAGUCACAUCAUAACAGCUAAAAAUGCCAAAAUGGAUUCAGACGGUUCGUUUUUCCUGCGUGGGGGUGUGGAGGUUGACAGUAUGCAGCAUGUGGUGGUCUACGACAGUAACACCAGCUGUUUACAGGAACAAGGUAGAGCAGUUGGAUGUGCCCAGGCUCUGGCUAAAGUUAGCCUCUGUCCAGUCCAAAUAGUGAGAGGAGGCUUUCAGAGGUUCUCAGCUCUGUACCCUUUUUUAAGGACUGAAAAAAUCCUCUACACCGUCAUGGAAGUGGAAAACCUGAAGACCUACCCAGUGGAGAUCAUAGCAGGACUGCUGUAUAUGGGUGAUGAGAAACAACACAUGGACUCCAGCAUUCUCAAAGAUCUGAAAAUCAGCGCUGUCAUCAGCAUCUCGCAGAGUGACAUUCUGGAAUCCAUAAAGUGGAACCAGACCACCAUCAACAUCCCUGUGGCCGACUCGGUGAAGUCUGAUUUAUAUUCAAGUUUUGAAAGGAUAUGCAGUCUUAUUGGCUCACACAUCAACAUGGGCUCUCGUGUCCUGAUAGUUUCCAGAAACGGCAGAAGCCGCUGCAGUGCCGUCGCCAUCGCCUUCCUCAUGCAACACCUCAAAUACACGCUGGAGGAGGCCUGGAAGUACAUGCUGAAAUGUAAACCCAGCAUGAGGCCAAACACAGGGUUUCUACAGCAGCUGUCUGACUGGGAGCGUCACACCAGGGGAAACAAAAAGACGGAUAUCUCUCAACCUUAUUUUUAACAAAUAGGAACCAAGAAAGGAGAAACUAAAGUCUCUGGGUGUUUUUAAAAAAAAACUUAAACUGUGAAGAUAAACAAUUAAAACCCUCCUAUAUA